ACUAGAAUCAAAUCAAUAUAAAUAUAAUCAAUAUAAUAGUAUUGUGAUCGCAAGAUCUUUUGUGCUGCAUUAUUUUAUAAAAUAAUGUUGUGUAAAAGUAUCACUCGAUUCUCGUAUUGCUUCACGAAAAACAUUUGCAAGAGCUUUCACAUAUCCGAUAAUCCUAGUUACAGUAAAAACGAACGCACCAAGUACGUUAAUACAAAUAAUGCAAUUAAAUCACCGAAGAUACUGAUAACAGGGGGCCUUGGACAAUUAGGGACAGAGUGCGCAAAGGUACUUCGUCGGAAUUAUGGUAACGAGAAUGUUAUACUGUCGGAUAUUAUUAAACCGACGGAGGAAAGUCUGGAGAACGGGCCCUUCAUCUUUGCUGAUAUCCUCGACUUCAAGGGUCUACAGAAAAUCGUCGUCGAUUAUAGGAUCGACUGGCUCAUCCACUUCAGCGCUCUACUUAGCGCUGUCGGUGAACAAAACGUACCAUUAGCUGUCAGAGUCAAUAUCGAAGGAAUGCACAACGUUAUCGAGUUAGCGAAACAAUACAAGCUGAGGAUUUUCAUACCAUCGACAAUCGGUGCGUUCGGUCCAGAUUCCCCCAGGAAUCCGACUCCAAAUAUUACAGUGCAACGACCACGUACGAUUUACGGUGUCAGCAAAGUCCACGCCGAGCUCCUAGGAGAAUAUUAUCAUCAUCGAUUUGGUCUCGAUUUUCGGUGUCUUCGUUUCCCUGGUGUAAUUAGUUGCGAUCCACCUGGCGGUGGUACCACCGAUUAUGCUGUAGCGGUAUUCCAUGAAGGACUGUUGAACAAGAGGUAUGAAUGUUACUUGGAACCUCACACUAGAUUACCGAUGAUGUACAUUGAAGAUUGUCUGUCGGCACUCUUUCAGUUUUUAAAUACACCCAACGAAUUACUCCGUAGACGAGUUUAUAACGUCACAGCCAUGAGCUUCACGCCCGAGGAACUGUUCAAUGAAAUUUUAAAAUAUAUUCCAGAUUUAAAAAUUACUUAUAAGCCAGAUAAACGACAAUAUAUCGCUGAAAAUUGGCCACAGGUUUUCGAUGAUAGCGAAGCACGACAUGAUUGGGGUUGGCAGCAUAAGUACGAUCUAGAGAGGCUAGUGAAAUCGAUGGUGAAAGAUGUUAGCAACAAUUUUCUACCGAAACAUCGUUUAAAAGAAGUCAAUAGCUACGUAUAAUUGUAUAAGACUUAUAUGUUAUUUCUUUGAAUUGUUGCA